GAAUACAAGCCGUGGGUAAAACAGUCCAAGAAACUGAAUAUUUUUUUGUUGUGUUAUAAAGAUCGUCAUGUCAAAACUGCAAAUCGCUGUGGUGUCUGUAUUACUGAUUUCCAUUCGUUCAGCAGCAAGUACAGGUGCUGAAUAUUCAUGUCUUCAGCUGAAAGUUGAGAGAGAGAUUUUGAAGAAUGGAUUUCACAGGGAUUUGGUAACCAGAGUGAGUGUUCAGGGCUACACUGAGCAGGUGGACAGCUGCAGGAUUCUCCUCAAUGAGACCAUCCCAUCUGGACUAUUUAUGGAUCCAUAUCAGAUCUCUUCUCAACAGCAGCACAAUCUUGUAGAGGUAAUAGUGCCAAAAUCCAUUGAUAUAGAAGCUCCUGAGUACCUCUCCAAAGGACACACUGCUCUGGUGUAUAUGAAACCAGAUGAAUCCUGCAAUGAUUGCUAUAUUUCCACGGUACCAGUUCAUGCACGAUACCAUCGCUCAUCUGCCGACGUCUAUGAAGUGUCUAUACGUAUCCACAGUCCUCAGUUACUUAUUCGCUGCAGCAAAGACUUUCCUCCAAGAGGUUGCUCAAGUCACCCUUUAGUAAUAGCUCCUUGUGGAUCUUCAACUGGAGAAGAAUGUCAGUGGAUGGAUGUGCCAUACACACUGGUUAACGACAACACAAUAGUGAAGGUGCCGGUGGGGAUUGUACAGCAUGGACCAGUUGUGUGUAUUGUGACUAUUGCAGUCACCCUGAUUUGCACUGGAAUGCUAAUAAGAACAAUUUACAAGCACAAGCAGAAGUCCACGUAGCAUGUAAAAGAAGGAACUUCUGUGCGGAUUGAGAAAGUUCAUUUACAUCAGAGAUAAAACAAGGAAGUGAAAUUCCGCCGCAA